AUGAUCCGACGCUCCCGCCAAGACCUAAAUGUCCUUUACCAAACCCUCUUCGAGGCCGAGAGGGAAACCCACGACGUAAACCGCGUCCUCGACAACGCCAAGCGCAAGGAGAACGACGGGCAGUAUCCAGACUUCUGGACAAGUUCUUGUUCCUCCUCUUCCCAAAGAUCCAUCAACGACGACCGCCGCAGCAGCAGCGGGACUGGAAGUAGACAAGAAAACAGCGACCAUUGUCAUCGUAGCUCGGCAAUGCCCGCCAAUGACAGAACCGUCUCCCUCGGGUCCAAGCUAGACUCCUCCUGGGACUUGUAA